AUGCUCCCCUUACCACGUCUCCGCUCUCUGCUCCUCAUCCUCCUCCUCGCCCUGCUCAUCCUCAUCCCCACACUCUUGUACCUCGAAUGGCCCCCCCUUCUCUCCCUCUCGCCGCACCUACGCGCCCUUUCCCAGCCAAUAGAAUUCCCAUGGCGCACCAAGCAGCAAGAAUACGAUUAUCCCGACCCUGACCGUGAGCCCGGUGAGGACGAUGCCUGCCCCUUCGACCCCUUCCUCGCCCCUGGAAUGCUGUACUUCGGCACCUCAGCAAACGAGACUCGCUGGGUCCCCUUCCCCCUCUCUGAAAGCGCGUACACCCCCGGCUCCCUGGGCCUGUUAGAAGACCUAGACCAAGAGCAGCAGCUGACAGAGCGGGAGAUGCAGGAGCUUGGGACGGCCGAAAGGCUCAUGCUGGGGAUGGCGGAGGGAGGAGGGGAGUGGGCAAGGGGCAAAGGGGUGUUGUUCGUCGGUUCCAGUCACGAUAGGAACAACGUACAGAAUUUUUGUGACGCGGUGGGAGGGGUGCAUACGAGUUGGGGAAUGCACACAGGAGGCUUCUGCAAGCUCGCCAGGUUGGAGUUCACCAUCGUCUACUGGUUCAUGUACGGGAUCCCCGAUUCAGAGUCCUACGACUGGCAUGCGCCAAACGAGCCGAGGCCCAUAACCCCAGCAAGAAGAGUGAAGGAAGUCUUCCUCCCCCAGAUGGAGCAAGUCGGCCUGCGGGGGUGGACACCGGACUUGGUCGUCGUGAGCAGUUUGUUCUGGGAUACGGACCAUUUGUUUGAUAAGUACUUUACGCAUAUGGGGAUCAAGAGGCCUUGGGAGCAGGGGUUGACUUGGCAGGAAGUACGUCCCUCCGUUCCCUCCCUCCGUUCCCUGCUGCCGCCUUCCUGCUCCUCUGCUAACCCCCUACCCCAGGUAAGAUGGCACCAAACCUCCUCCAGUUCCCUCCUCUCCCUCCUGCGCAGCACCUACCCUCCCCUCACACCGCUCAUGUACCGUUCCCGCCACAUCCGCGCAUCGAACGACAAAGGCCAGAUGCUGAGGGUGCAGCAGCUGGAUAUGGCCUGGCGGGCUGUGGCUAGGAGAGCGGGGGUGAGGGUGUUUGAUUGGGGAGGACGGUUGGAAGGGUAUACUCCGUACUACGACGGGAACCAACAUUUCCCCAACGGGCCAGCGACGUGGUUGUUCGGCGAACCUGGCCAGCGGUCAGCAACUGGCCAUAACCUGCACAUGCUAGCGCUCCUACAACGCGUCCUCCUCCUAGCAGGGGGCAGCACACUCCUCCUCCUCUCAAUCUUCUUCCGCCCUCUCACACUCUCCACUUCUCUCCCGCUGCCCCCGCCGCGUCACCGACCGGAUAGCGCGCACUUUGAGAGCCUCUUCCCUCCUCUUCCCGGUUCGGCGGCGGAGGAGAGAACAAGAGCAGAGAACGCCCGGACCGUGCGCGCUCUGGUAGGGUGCUUGGCGCGUGGAGACUGCGGGGAAAAUCAGUCCUCAGUCGUGAUUCUCGCGAGCCCGCAGUUCGGACCGGAAAUAGAAGCGCACAACAACCCCGACGGGGCGUGGGCUCUCUCGGUGCAGGACGCGCUCGACCAGCUCGGGUACACCUACCUCUGGUUCCCCUCCCUCUCCUCCGCAUUACCGACCUACGUCCUCUUCCCCGAUCUUGUCCGACUCGUCCUCGCUUCCCCGCCAGACGUCUCCCACUGCUUCGCCUCCCAAGACUGUAUCAAGUCCCCCUCCAACCCCCUCGGCCCCCCAAUCUGGAAGCUCUUCGCCUUCUCCCCCCAAGGCUCUACCGACACCCCGCUAGGCGCCGAAUGGUCCCUAAGCCCAGAAGAGUACGGCACUGGCGCGCGUGUGCUCGGGUACAGCAUCGAAGAUUCCUGCAGGAAGGUGCCGUACGUCCCUCCCUCUGCACGAGAAGCGCACGUCUAUAUCCUCGGAGACCGCCUUUCCUACUGGUACCAUCGGGACUUUGCCUGGGAGGAUGGGGUGCUCUGGGGCUUGAGGGACGCCUUCUUCCUCGAAGUGAGUCUUGUCGGUGGGCUGGUAAACGACACUCGGUGGGAGACGUACUGGCCUCCGUAUAUGAAUAACUACGGGCUCAUGGCAAAAGAGGACUACUACUCCCUGCUAUCGCACAGUCAGGUCCUGGUCGGCUCUGGCAUACCAGCAAACAGCCCAGCAGCGUACGAAGCGCUCUGCUUCGGCGUGCCAUUCAUAAACCCCAUAUUGAGGUGGGACGAGAAACGCCCGUUUCAUAGAGAGAGCUGGGUGACGCAGCAUGAUGCGCUCAAGCACCUCGAGCCGCCGUUCGUGUACCACGUGAGGAAGAUGGACGGGGAGGGGCUGAUCAAGGCUGUUCGGGCGGCGCGAGGGAGUCCGAUAGGAAGGUACAUACCAGCGAAUAUGCACCAGUCUGCGCUAAGACAGCGGGUUUCAGACCUCGUGGAGACGGACUGGCGCUCCAAGGCGCAGGAAGUCCUCUCCAGGCGCGUGGCGGCGUUCGAGAGCCCGUUGUUUGAGUUAUGACCUGGAAGGGGGUUGGACGGUGAGGAAUGAUGAGGCUGAGGGGUUUUGCCCGGCGGUAAUGGACUUUGGACUGGACGAUGUUACCCUAACUUGAAGAUGU